AUGUGUUACUAUGAUGGAUACUACGGAGGCCUGGGCUAUGGCUAUGGAAGCCUAGGCUAUGGCUGUGGCUAUGGCUAUGGUUGUGGCUAUGGAUGUGGCUAUGGUUGUGGCUAUGGCUGUGGCUAUGGUGGCUAUGGAUAUGGCUGCUGCCGUCCACUCUGCUAUAGAAGCUACUGCUCCUAUGGCUUCUACUAA